AAGUGAAAGCAAACAGCCUGCAUAAGGAAGAAGUGUCUUCCAGGCUCCGGUGGGCGAGACCAAAGCUCCUCAAAGUGCAAGCAAGAUUUUAGUUCCUGGGGACUCUGCCGAUGUGUGCCCAGCUCUGAAGGUUCACCUCUUGCCAACCGGAUCCCAGACUAUGUCGCAGGCUCUCCAGGCCCUUCAGGAGGAACAGGCCAGACUAAAGAUGAGGCUGCAGGAGCUGCAGAGGAAUCUCAGGGACUGCCCCCAAGACAAGGUCCCAUUCCCUGUGCCCGAGUCCCCCCUGGUGUUCCGAGGACACUUUGAGGAGGGCAAGGCAAUGGCCAAGUCUGUGGUUUCCCAUGUGCGGAUUUGUUACCCUCUGCCUGGAGGCUCUGCUCUGGUGACCUUUGAUGACCCCAAUGUGGCCAAGCAGGUGCUGCAGCAAAAGGAGCAUCAGAUCAAUGUGGAAGGGUUCCGGCUGAGGGUUCAAGUCCAGCCCCUGGAGCUACCCAUGCUGACUACCAUCCAGGUGUCCAGCCAGAUGAAUGACCAGAGAGUGCUGGUCAGUGGGUUUCCUGCUGGGCUCAAGUUAAGUGAGGAAGAGCUGCUGGACAAGCUGGAGAUCUUCUUUGGCAAGACCAAGAAUGGAGGUGGUGACGUGGAGAUGAGGGAACUGCUGCAAGAGGGUGUCAUGCUGGGCUUUACUGAGGAUAGAGUGGCCCAGCACCUGUGCCAGAUGGGCCAGUUCAUGGUGCCACUGGGUAAACAGCAGUCCUGUCUGAGAGUCUCUCCCUAUAUGAGCGGGAAAAUCCAGAAGGCCGAGGUCAGGCCCCAGCCUGUGCCCCAGUCGGUGCUGGUGCUCAACAUUCCUGAUGUCCUGGAUGGCCCGGAGCUACAAGACGUCCUGGAGAUCCACUUCCAGAAACCCACCCGUGGUGGCGGGGAGGUGGAAGCUGUGACAGUCGUGCCCCCGGGACAGCGGGGCCUGGCAGUCUUCACUUCGAAGUCAGGCUAGGAGCCUGCCCUGCUCAUUAAGCCCACCCCUAUGCCAAGGCUCUUAAACCAGGUUGGGGCUGGAGGCACGUACAGGAGAAAGUGAUGACGCUGGUCAACGGAGGGAGGGAUUAGGAGCGGUGAAAUGCUGCAAGAACAGUAAAAGUGCCCUCAUGGCA